AUGGCUGGACUGUUCAGCGGAAACAUGUCCGACCAGAUGAAGGCGGGGCCUCACCUGAUGGGAGCCGUGUUGGCCUUGCCUCGUUUGGACGCGUUAACGAAAGUGAAGUCAGUGAACCAACAUAAGUCGGCGCAAACUCUACAAGACGCCACAUCCGAUCUGCCGAGCGGCGAUUGCGGCAUGAUGAACCAAGGCUACAUCAAGGAGAUCCAGGGUGACAAGAACAGGCAUUGCUACUGGGGUAACUCAGACCUGACGCCUGGCGACUUCCCAGGGGCCCCACCACCACCGCCGCGGCAAAGACCCGCUGGCCCUUAUGGAUAUGGUGGUGGUUAUGGAGGCUACGGCAGCCCUGGCUAUGGCAGCCCUGGCUAUGGCGGCGGCGGUUACGCCGGUUAUGGCGGGGAAGGCUACGGGUGGUAUCCGCCGCCGCCACCCGGUGGGUACCAGUACAACAGAGGCUACGGCUACGGCUACGGCAACGGGCCAG